GCUUUUUUAAAAUCCGGGGUCUUACAAUAGAUUUUACUGUUUAUUAGAAAUUUAUGUCAGAACGCUUAUGAAUGUUAGCAUAACCAGUCAGACAGCAACACAGAUGAGGUCUGCUGUUAUGUUUACACAUUGCCAUACAGCUAUUUCAUCUCCAUGGUUACUAACAACACCGGCUAGUCUGAAGAAUCGCUCAAUACUUGACUACCACUGCGGCAAGAUGCGAUGCAGUUGCCCAAAACCUGUCAGUGACCCACCCACCUAUUGUAUCAGAGCUGCGGGAGUUCUGAGGUACAAUCGUGAGUCUGACAAUCACAGGAUGAAUUUAACAACUUUUCCCCAAAGGUCCCAGACAGAAUACCCAGCACAAUGUGAGUACUGUGGGGAAAAGGCUCAUCCUCUACUUGUUCUAACAUGGGUACAUAAUCCUGAGACCCACUUCUGUUGUGCUCAGCGGCAGCAGCUAUGUCAAAUCCUGGUGAAGCAGAGACUUUUGUUUGAGGAGCGAUCUAACCUAACCUUUGGUACUCUAACUUCAAAAGACCAGAUGGAAAUUCUGUAUCACAAAUCCAGAGAGAGUGAAGCUUACCACAAGUUUAUGAAAGGCUUUCUGAGAAAACCUAGAAUACAAUCAAGAGAAUCUACAAUCUACGGUGGUUACCCAGUUAAUCUGCUUGCAGGGAAGACCUCUUUCUCUGCACCAGGGGUCUUCAGGUUAAGACUCUCACAUGCUCCAGGAAAGGGGACAACGUAUUGCAGUAGCACAAGUGAAAAAUGCUUAAAAAUGGAAGAGGAGGAGGUGUUGCUCCCUUUUUAUGAUUGGAAACCAGUUCAGUUUGGCAUAUGUAAUCAUCAGGUGGGGUCUGGAGUUUUACAGAAAUUUUAUUCCAGUGGCAUCACAUUCCUUACCAUGUUCCCUGGUGGCUCUGCUCAGGUCUUUUAUCCCUCUGGCCUCUUGGCUGUACUUAUCGUCGUCACUGAACACAAUGGAAGAGUUUGUAUAGUGUAUGACGACGUCAGUGCCCCUAAUCAACAAAUCAGAGCUAUAUUCCAGUCUGAUGGCAGAGCGACAUGCUAUCACACCAAUGGAAACAUAUGGCUGUCCUUAAACAUAUCUGGUGGCCGAUGCUUAAACAAUGCAGGCAAUGUAACUUGUAAGUGGAGCUGGGGUACUCCCACGCCCCUGCAGCCCAUCUUUCUGUCCCUCAACAAAACUGUUGGAGUUCGAGUCCUGGGGAACAAACAAGUGUUUGUUUCCUUCUUGGCAGGCAGGCAACAGGCUAAGUUCAGUGUGGGUACCUGCUGCGCUCAGGGUGAAUACGUGCAUACUUCAGGUUCAUCGCUCUCUAAAGACGAGCUGCUGGCAUUGGCAGCCAAAAUCAGGAUCCACGCAGCAAUUCAGCAUCUUCACCAGUACCUGACGACGCCCUUACAUCCCCAAAAACUUAAGACUACACCAGCCCAUCACUUACAGGUUACUGCUCAAAGGCUCCUGAAAGUCAGUGAUGAUGUAAUGAUGAAUGACAGUGACAAAGCCUUCAUCCUCAAGUGCCUUCAGGAUUGUUGAUGUAUAUGUAAUAUUGGAACAUGAUGACAGUGACUGGGGGAGGGAAAAACCCCC